UGAGGAUAUUUUAAAGCUACAUCAGAACCUAUGUUUACACACUGUGUAAAUGAUAGAGAGUGAAUAUACCUCUACUUUCACCUUCUUUCUCUUGUCCUCCAUCCCUCCCCCCACACACACUCUUCCCACACUUCUGUGGAUUAAAAGCUAAAGAGGGCUGAGAAGUCAAAGCUCGCCAGUCCUUCCCACUCUUCCCUUUCUUUUACCUGUUACCACUCCACAUCUCUCUGCCAAUCUAUUUUUUACCAAUCCAGACGCUGGAUCAGGAUUGCGUUUCUUCUCACGCACUGGCCUUUGCUAUGUGGUUUGGGGUGGGUCCUAGUCCCAAACAGGGAGAGCAAGAGACAACGCUAACGACUGGAAAUGAGGAGAUUUUUCAUUUUCAGUACCGUCUUUAAGGAACAUGGAUACAAGAGGAGAUAAUUAAGUUUAUUUUGUAUUUUUCACGCUAUUUGGAUUACAUAUGAUAUUUUUUCCCAAUAAAAGGACAAAGAUAACUGCUCCUGCUGUCUACUUCUGUGUACCUAAUCCCCCUGGAGUCUGGAUGGUGCCAUUCAAUGACAGCCACCAACACCGACAUGGCUCCUACAGUAUGUAGACGAACUGCUCCAGGCAGUGAUGGCUUGGGGUCUUCUCACCGCCUGUCCAUUUUUGGACUAAAGGCCUGCUGAGUGCCAAGGGAGACGUCCUAUCCACAGAGACAGUCACUGUCACACUACUCAUCAUAAACUCCCCACUCUCCUUCUGUGUCUAAAGCAUCAGAAUAGCUGUGUGAGGAAAAUGGCAAGUCACAGAGACCCUCGCUUUCUGCACAACCUGUCCUACCACCCGCGAUGGCAGCACGACUCAAUAAAAGUGAAGAGGAAAGGACAUGUGCGGACAGUGGCUGCAAAUAGUUGCAGUGGAUAUAGUCUGUUUAAAUCAUUAGCAGCUUCAUCAUCAAAACCACAGUUGCCAUCAUUCCCUGUGCAACGCUUCAGGAGCUGUGGGAACUGGCUACUUCUGCCCUUUCUCAUGCUCACAAUUCUGCCCUGUCAAGCCUGGGCGACCACUUUUAAGGUGGCCCUGGUUGGACCCUGGACGUGUGACCUAUUAUACUCCAAAGCCCUCCCUGAUUUGGCAGCCCGCCUGGCCACUGCUCGCAUAAACAAGAACCCCUACCUCAACAAAGGCUACUGGUAUGACUACACGCUGAUCAAUGAGGACUGCAAGUCAUCCCGCGCCCUAGCUCGCUUUGCUGAGCUGGAAGGUUAUGGUGCUGCUUUCCUGGGCCCCGCCAACCCAGGCUACUGUUCCUCAGCUGCUUUGUAUGCAAAAGAGUGGGAUGCUGGGAUCCUUUCCUGGGGCUGCCUCAAACCCAACAUGGAUAAAGGAGGGAUGUAUUCCACCUUCCUGCGACCGCUGCCACUGUCCUCCCGUGUACUCUUCACCGUGUUGCAGUACUUUAGUUGGGCCCAUGUGGCCAUAAUCUCAGAGGAGACAGAUGUGUGGGAAGCCACAGGACAGGAACUGGCCUCAUCACUGAGAGCCCUCGGCCUGCCUGUCAACCCUGUGGUCACUAUGGAGUCGGACAAGGACGGACCUAACAGGGCACUGACAAAAGUGCGGGAAGCAGACCGGGUCAGAGUGGUCAUCAUGUGCAUGCCCUCUGUCCUGAUUGGUGGCGAAGCCCAGUACCGGCUUCUGACAACAGCCUUGGCCAUGCGAAUGAUUGACCGUGGCUAUGUAUUCAUCCCCUACGACGCCCUCCUCUAUGCGCUGCCCUACAAAGAUGCACCAUACUAUAUGCUAGGCAAUGACACCAAGCUGCGGAAAGCCUAUGAUGGGGUCCUCACCAUCACUAUGGACUCUGGAGAACGCAAUUUCUAUGAGGCCUUCAGAGACGCUCAAGACAGCUUUGAAAUCCGCAGCAGCACCCCACCAGAGCAGGUUUCCCCAUUUUUUGGCUCCAUCUACAACAUGAUAUACUACAUAGCUAUGGCUGCUGAGCAGGCCCGUGCCAAAGGAGGCCGCUGGGUAACUGGUCAGAUCCUGGGUAACAGCAAGGGCAGCUUUGAAUUCGAAGGCUUCAAUCAGCACCUGAGGUCUGGCAGGAACGGUGAAGGCAUGCUAGCUCACUAUGUAGUGCUGGACUACAGUGGCAUGGGCAGCUCUCUCUACUCCACCCAAGUUCUGGAAGCUGCUCAUAUAUAUGGCGGAAUCGGGGGUUUAAAAUACCUCGGUCGUUCGAUCCAUUUCGCAGGCAGCACGCCCUACACCGACUCAGGCUGCUGGUUUAACCCAAACUUUGCCUGUAGUGGAGGCCUGGAUACAGUCACUCUCUUCUUUCUCUUCCUUCUGUUCGUUGCAAUCUUUGCAUGUGGACUCUAUCUUUUUGUCAAUUUCAAGAGAACGGGCAGGGUUGGGUUCAGCCUUGGAGGUGGUAACGGUGGAUCAACGAAGGUAAUCCUGACCCUUGACGACCUGGUCUUCAUCAACACUCAAAUCAGCAAACGGAAGCUCAAUGAUGAAAGUAUCCUGAAAAGCCAGCUGGAUAUGAAGACGCCUCACCACUCGGUAUCUGGUCGCAGCUACUUGGCCUCCUCACCAGACAGCUCCAAUGUUGCUGUGUUUGAGGGUGACUGGGUGUGGUUGAAGAAAUCCCCCACUGGAUCUGUGUCAGGUAUCAGCAGCAAUGCUGAGUAUAUCUUUAUCAGGCUCAGAGACAUGAGGCACGAGAACGUCAAUCUAUUCCUGGGGCUUUUUUACGACUCUGGGAUCUUUGGUGUUGUGACCGAGCACUGCUCCCGUGGCAGCUUGGAGGACCUGCUCAACAAUGAGGACGUGCGUCUUGACUGGAUGUUCAAGUCUUCCCUUUUAAUGGAUCUGAUUCGGGGAAUGAAGUACCUGCACAAUCGCGACAUCGUCCACGGACGGCUGAAAUCCCGUAACUGUGUGGUAGACGGGCGCUUUGUGUUGAAGGUGACAGAUUAUGGAUUCAAUGAAAUUUUGAUUGCCCAGAGCAUUGACUCCGACGGGGAAAAACCAGAGGAUCUACUUUGGACAGCACCUGAGCUGCUGAGAAGCACCAGUCUGAGAAGGAGGGGAACUUUCGCCGGAGAUGUCUACAGUUUCUCCAUCAUAGGGCAGGAAGUCAUCGCUCGCUCUGCACCUUUCUGCAUGCUGGACAUGCCUCCCAAGGAGAUUAUCAGCAAGGUCAGAGAGCCUCCUCCCUUGUGUCGGCCUGUCAUGUCAGUUGAUGAGGCCCCGCUGGAGGUGAUACAGGUGUUGAAACAGGCCUGGAGCGAAGAGCCAGAGAAGAGGCCGACCUUUGAGGAGGUCUUCAAACAAUUCAAGAGCAUCACUAAGGGGAAGAAGACCAACAUCAUCGACUCUAUGCUUCGCAUGUUGGAACAGUACUCCUCCAACUUGGAGGAUCUGAUCAGAGAGAGGACGGAGGAGCUGGAGGUGGAGAGACAGAAGACUGACAGGCUGGUGGCUCAGAUGUUGCCCAAGUCUGUGGCCCAGGCGCUGAAGACGGGCAAGCCUGUCAAACCCGAGCAUUUCAGCGAGGCCACGCUGUACUUCAGUGACAUCGUGGGCUUCACCACCAUCUCAGCUCUCAGCGAGCCCAUCGAGGUGGUCGAUUUACUCAACGACCUCUACACACUCUUUGAUGCUAUCAUUGGACUGCAUGAUGUCUACAAGGUGGAAACUAUCGGAGAUGCCUACAUGGUAGCCUCGGGAGUCCCCUCUAGGAACGGCAACCGCCAUGCAGCUGAGAUGGCCAACAUGUCUCUUGACAUCCUCCACUGCAUUGGUACCUUCAAGAUGAGGCACAUGCCUGAACUGAAGGUCAGGAUCCGUAUCGGCCUGCACUCUGGCCCAGUGGUAGCGGGAGUAGUGGGUCUCACAAUGCCUCGGUACUGUCUGUUUGGAGACACUGUCAACACAGCAUCUCGAAUGGAGUCCACGGGGUUGCCUUACAGAAUCCAUGUCAACCAAAGCACAGUUGAUGUCCUGAACAGCUUGAAGCUGGGAUACAAAAUUGAUGUCCGAGGCAUGACAGAGUUAAAGGGAAAAGGGAUUGAGAACACAUACUGGUUGGUAGGAAGAGAGGAUUUCAACAAGGCACUGCCUAUUCCUCCAGACCUUCAAGGGGGGAGCAAUCAUGGUAUCUCUUUAGAGGAGAUUCCUCCUGAUAGAAGACAAAAAUUCCUGGAUCGUCAGAAGAAGAUGGGCUAGGCUGAUUUUUCUUUCUUUUUUUUUUUUUUUUUUACUGAUGUCCCAGAAUGGAAAGUGAUAUUUUCUCGCUCAACGUUUUUCAGAGAAUACCCUACACAUACAGAGAUGUGUAGGGGAAAAGCUGAACAUGCAACGUCCAACCACCAUCAUUCGUGCCACGCUCAGUAUGAAAUCCAGCACCAGCGACAAGGGGAUUCACACUUUCUGGAAAUCAUUUCUAUACUAAAAUAAUCUUUACUGUAGAUGAGGCAACUGUCCGUAUUGUAUUUGUUCAGCAGAAAGCAAAACAUGCAUACCGAGGUUUAGAGGACAGCAAUCGCCUGACAAGAGGGACUAUGGAUGUGUGUACAGAAACGAUCACAGUAUCAUGUGUGAUACCACUGUACUUCAUGUACUGUAUGUAUUUGUACUGAUCUUUGUGCUUUGUAGAAACAUGGGAGAGAUUCUGUCAUGAGCAUCCCAAGGGUGGAAGCUAUUACCGCUCGACUAUUCAUCUCGGGUAUAAUGGAGCACUCACUUUAGGAGCAGUAGCCUUUUACAACAAUUUAGAAUUAAUACAUUAAAACGUUUUCACAGUAAUUUAAGCUUGAAAGCAGCGCAGAGGUCAGUCAGGGUUGAGAGCUCAGGUCAUGGAGGGUUCUGAUUUUGCUUUUGUGGCAGCGUUACUGUGAUUAGUCAUUUGAUGAAUGAAGCCAUACAAUCCAACAAUGGUCCAAAUACAUCAAACAAAGCGUCCAGUUUUUUUGUUUAGUAUUAGAGUUAUAGAAAUGUAAAAAGCACAAUAUCCUUUUGAGUACUGGCUCUCCCAACAUUUUAUCCCAUUACUGCGAUAGGCCUGUUUGAGGUGAUUUAACUGAUAUUCCUGUUUUCAUUCCAACUUAUCACUUCCUUUAAGUAUAUCUAAAGACAAUAAUGUGCUUUAAGUUUUAUUUUAGAUGAUUUGUUCCAAUGGUAAUGACAAAGGUACACACUGGGAAUGAUCUUGGGGCCAAAACAUCUGCAGAGCUAGAAAUAAUGAAUAAAUUCCAACAUGUAAUGACACACAAUUUUCAGAAACAUGCGACAGGACCCACAUGAUAUUGUUCUUUGAAAGAUUGACUUAUGAUGUGCAUCUACAGUACGUUUCUCUCCCUAAUAACCUCAUGAUACUACACACAGUUUGUACUGCUUUUUAAUGAUGUGUGUAUUGCUUUUAACAUUAUGUCGACAUUUUCCACCAAAUCAUAGAAGACGUACGCAACAUGCAAACAAGACCCAAACUAUCGCUCACUCUGGGUUUCACUGUAGCUUUACCUACAGUACAUGUAGCCCAUUACUGAAACAUGCUGGCUGAAUGUAUUGUAUAACUGUGUGUUUAAUAGGACAGCAAUAGGAAGACCUGAUUUCUGUGACAUACAGUAUAUCUGCUCCGCACUGAUAUGCACAAUGUCUGAGUCAAUUGACUGAAAUUAUUAUCUCUUAUAAUGUGCUUCAGCAGAUUGAGCCUUUUCAUGUGUAUCGCAGUCUUCUAGAGGAAGCCAUUAUUUUCUUUUUGGGCUCUCCAGGACCCCAAACUGAAACUGUAUCUGAAGGUCCUCUGAGAACAAAUGUUCGCUAAGUCGCUCCCGUACCCAACCCCAGGGGGUUUAACAGAACAUAUGGGGGAAGCAUGCAUGGGAAAAAAGGGGAAGACAAAAUCCUCUGAGUCAUUUCUCCAUGUAUAUACUGUAAAUUUGUACAUAGAUAGUUUGUCUUUGUGUCCUACAGGGUUAGGGGCUUUUUAGUGGAGUGUUUAUUUCUGUUUGGGUUCCCUAAACCUCUGAUACAAAAGGAGAUAUCAAAAAAACAUAAGGGUUUAAUCACAGUGCAUUCAAGAAGCAAGUAACCGCAUUAUUCUCACUCUCUGUCGGGCUGCUAAUUGUCUGCCGCAGCACUGAUACUGAAGCAACAAUAGGCAGGCAAUGUCAGGAUGUGAUUUUUCCUCCAACAGCUGUUUCAGUCUGCGGACAUUUCUUCCUUCAGAGCUCCCUGGCUGACCACUUCCAACAUGCUGUCACAGUGGCUCAGCAUAUGGACCAAAAAAUGGACAUCUGACGACUUGAUUAUCAGGUUGCUCGUGAUGUGGUUCUUUGACACCAGUGUUUAGCACUGGCUCUUCAGGCACGAUUAAACCCUGGACAAAGAGGAAACGCAGAAUUCUGAAUCAAGACGAAGAUCGCAAAAAAGAAAGCUGUCUGAAUGUUUCUUUGAUGGAUGUCUAAAGAACAAAAUGAAGUUAUUCUGUUGAGUAGGUAGGACCUACUUUUGCUAGAUUUUUAAUCAAUUUGCCAAAUAGAUUGAUCUCAUCAAAACUGAAUGGACUGUGUUGUUCAUUCUGAAAGUGUUCUCAAUGUGUUUCUGUAAAUAAAUUAUGGUUUUAGUGAA